UGGGCCCGAUGACGUGGCCUGGCUACGUCCGCUCCGGUGCGCCUCGGGGGAGCCCGGCGCCGCCGGAACUGCCCGCGGCCUAGUCCCGACGCGCGUGUGCUAGUGAGCAGGAGCCGGGGACGGCGGCGGCGGCGGCCUGGCCUGUGGGGACCCGAGGGGGCCGCUAUCAUGGGGGAGUGACGCGCCUGCGCCCGCUGUUCCGCGGCAGCGGCGAGACAUGAGGAAACCCCGCGGCGGGGGCAGCGGCGGCGGCUCCUGAGCCCCGGGAUGGAGGAGAAAUACGGCGGGGACGUGCUAGCCAGCCCCAGCGGCGGCGGUGGCCUCGGGCCGGUGGACGUGCCCAGCGCUCGAUUAACAAAAUAUAUUGUGUUACUAUGUUUGACUAAAUUUUUGAAGGCUGUGGGACUUUUUGAAUCAUACGAUCUCCUAAAAGCAGUUCACAUUGUUCAGUUCAUUUUUAUAUUAAAACUUGGAACUGCAUUUUUUAUGGUUUUGUUUCAAAAGCCAUUUUCUUCUGGGAAAAGUAUUACCAAACACCAGUGGAUCAAAAUAUUUAAGCAUGCAGUUGCUGGGUGUAUCAUUUCACUCUUGUGGUUUUUUGGCCUCACUCUUUGUGGACCACUAAGGACUUUGCUGCUAUUUGAACACAGUGAUAUUGUUGUCAUCUCACUACUCAGUGUUUUGUUCACUAGUUCUGGAGGAGGACCAGCAAAGACAAGAGGGGCUGCUUUUUUCAUUAUUGCUGUGAUCUGCCUAUUGCUUUUCGACAAUGAUGAUCUCAUGGCUAAAAUGGCUGAACACCCUGAAGGACAUCAUGACAGCGCUCUAACUCACAUGCUUUACACAGCCAUUGCCUUCUUAGGUGUGGCAGAUCACAAGGGUGGAGUAUUAUUGCUAGUACUGGCUUUGUGUUGUAAAGUUGGUUUUCAUACAGCAUCCAGAAAACUCUCUAUAGAUGUUGGUGGAGCCAAGCGUCUUCAAGCUUUAUCCCAUCUUGUUUCUGUGCUUCUCUUAUGUCCAUGGGUCAUUGUUCUUUCUGUGACAACUGAGAGUAAAGUCGAGUCUUGGUUUUCUCUCAUUAUGCCUUUCACAACAGUUAUCUUUUUUGUCAUGAUCCUGGAUUUCUAUGUCGAUUCUGUUUGUUCAGUCAAAAUGGAAGUUUCCAAAUGUGCCCGCUAUGGAUCCUUUCCCAUUUUUAUUAGUGCUUUACUUUUUGGAAACUUUUGGACACAUCCAAUAACAGACCAGCUUCGAGCUAUGAACAGAGCAGCACACCAGGAAAGCACUGAACACGUCCUGUCCGGAGGAGUGGUAGUGAGCGCUAUAUUCUUCAUUUUGUCUGCCAACAUCUUAUCAUCUCCUUCUAAGAGAGGACAGAAAGGCACUCUAAUUGGAUAUUCUCCUGAAGGAACACCUCUUUAUAACUUCAUGGGUGAUGCUUUUCAGCAUAGCUCCCAGUCGAUCCCUAGGUUUAUUAAGGAAUCAUUAAAACAAAUUCUUGAGGAAAAUGACUCUAGGCAGAUCUUUUACUUCUUGUGCUUGAAUCUGCUUUUUACCUUUGUGGAAUUAUUCUAUGGAGUGUUGACCAAUAGUCUGGGUCUGAUCUCAGAUGGAUUUCACAUGCUCUUUGACUGCUCUGCUUUGGUCAUGGGACUUUUUGCAGCCCUGAUGAGUAGAUGGAAAGCAACUCGGAUUUUUUCCUAUGGGUAUGGCCGAAUAGAAAUUCUCUCUGGAUUUAUUAAUGGACUUUUUCUAAUGGUAAUAGCUUUUUUUGUGUUUAUGGAGUCAGUGGCUAGAUUAAUUGAUCCUCCGGAAUUAGACACACACAUGUUAACACCAGUCUCAGUUGGAGGGCUGAUAGUAAACCUUAUUGGUAUCUGUGCCUUUAGCCAUGCCCAUAACCAUAACCAUGGAGCUUCUCAGGGAAGCUGUCAUGCGUCUGAUCACAGCCAUUCCCACCAUAUGCAUGGACACAGUGACCACGGACAUGGUCACAGCCACGGAUCUGCAGGCAGAGGCAUGAAUGCUAACAUGAGGGGUGUAUUUCUACAUGUUUUGGCAGACACGCUUGGCAGUAUUGGUGUGAUCGUAUCCACAGUUCUUAUAGAGCAGUUUGGAUGGUUCAUUGCUGAUCCCCUCUGUUCUCUUUUUAUUGCCGUAUUAAUAUUUCUCAGUGUUGUUCCACUGAUUAAAGAUGCCUGUCAGGUUCUACUUUUGAGAUUGCCACCAGAAUGUGAAAAAGAACUACAUGUUGCUUUAGAAAAGAUACAGAAAAUUGAAGGAUUAAUAUCAUACCGAGACCCUCAUUUUUGGCGUCAUUCAGCCAGUGUUGUGGCAGGAACAGUUCAUAUACAGGUGGCAUCCGAUGUGCUGGAGCAAAGAAUAGUACAGCAGGUUACAGGAAUACUUAAAGAUGCUGGAGUAAACAAUUUAACAAUUCAAGUGGAAAAAGAGGCAUACUUUCAACAUAUGUCUGGCCUAAGUACUGGAUUUCAUGAUGUUCUAGCUAUGACCAAACAAAUGGAGUCCAUGAAAUACUACAAAGAUGGUACUUACAUCAUGUGAG